AUGAAUAUGCUACAGAAUCCUCUAUGGAUAAAGCAGGAACUGACAUUGUUGGGGACUGUACAAUUAAUGAAUAGCCUGAUUGUGCUGAGCCUAGGAUACUUCUGGACAUACCUGUACAUUUCUCAAAAUAUUGUAUUUGGAUUUGGAAGUGGAUAUAUUCCUGUCGUUAAAAAUUCAGGAUACUCACUUUGGGCCUCUUUGCUUUUUAGCCUAUCAGGAAGUUUUUCAAUAGCAUUGCAGAAGAGGCCUUCAAAUCACAUGCUGUUCUGGACUAUGACAAUGAAUAUCUCAAGCAUCUACGCAACACUAAUAGGUGUGGUUUUAAUAACAUUUGAACUGACAGUCACUUCAGCAUUAAAGUCUUCUUGGUGGGAAUACAGAAGUGGUAGGAUGCUUACAGGAUAUCUCUUCCUGUUCACUGUCUUGGAGAUGUUCAUGGCAUGCACAGUAACUGAGUGGACCUACAGAGCAAGACAAACAGAAGAUUAA